AUGGACCUGACAUCUGGUGCUAUGGUAAAGGCCAAGUCCUUCAACGGUCGGCUGUUUGCGGAAAGACAGACUAGCCCAAGUGCCGGUGACAGGAAUAGGCGAGUCCAAUGGUGGAAAGAGGAAGAAGAAGUAGCAGAAUGGGCAUCUAAUCUCGAUUAA